GGCAAAGCACGCCUGGUCAGGGCUCAGGGAUGGGACUAGAGUCCAUUUCUUGGCUUUGGGUGUUUUUUCUUUUUCUCUUGUUGACUGUUCUUUGCAGGCUCUCUUCUCGUGGUUGCAGUUGGCUUCCAGCGAUUCUUCAGGCAGCGUGUUUCCAGAUUCAAACCUAAGUGGAAAGGAAUAAUCAUGGGCCAGACUGGGAAGAAAUCUGAGAAGGGACCAGUGUGUUGGCGGAAGCGUGUAAAGUCAGAGUACAUGCGCCUGCGGCAGCUCAAGAGGUUCAGGCGAGCUGACGAAGUCAAGAGUAUGUUUAGUUCCAAUCGUCAGAAAAUUUUGGAAAGAACAGAAAUCUUAAACCAAGAAUGGAAACAGCGAAGGAUCCAGCCUGUGCACAUCCUGACUUCUGUGAGCUCAUUGCGCGGGACCAGGGAGUGUUCGGUGACCAGUGACUUGGAUUUUCCAACCCAAGUCAUCCCGUUAAAGACUCUGAAUGCAGUUGCUUCAGUACCCAUAAUGUAUUCCUGGUCUCCUCUACAGCAGAAUUUCAUGGUGGAAGAUGAAACUGUUUUACAUAACAUUCCUUACAUGGGGGAUGAAGUUUUAGACCAGGACGGGACUUUCAUUGAAGAACUAAUAAAAAAUUAUGAUGGAAAAGUACAUGGGGAUAGAGAAUGUGGGUUUAUAAAUGAUGAAAUUUUUGUGGAGUUGGUGAAUGCUCUUGGUCAAUAUAAUGACGAUGAUGAUGAUGAUGAUGGAGAUGAUCCUGAUGAAAGAGAAGAAAAACAGAAAGAUCUAGAGGAGAACCGAGAAGAUAAAGAAAGUCGCCCACCUCGGAAAUUUCCUUCUGAUAAAAUUUUUGAAGCUAUUUCCUCAAUGUUUCCAGAUAAGGGCACAGCAGAAGAGCUAAAGGAAAAGUACAAAGAACUCACUGAGCAGCAGCUCCCAGGUGCACUUCCCCCCGAAUGUACCCCCAACAUAGAUGGACCAAACGCCAAGUCUGUUCAGAGGGAGCAGAGCUUGCACUCAUUUCAUACGCUUUUCUGCAGGCGAUGUUUUAAAUACGACUGCUUCCUACAUCCUUUUCAUGCGACACCCAACACUUACAAGCGGAAGAACACGGAGACGGCUCUGGACAACAAGCCUUGCGGCCCCCAGUGUUACCAGCACUUGGAGGGCGCGAAGGAGUUUGCCGCCGCCCUCACUGCCGAGCGGAUAAAGACGCCCCCGAAGCGCCCAGGCGGCCGCAGGAGAGGGCGGCUCCCCAACAACAGCAGCAGGCCUGGCACCCCCACCACCAAUGUGCUCGAGUCAAAGGACACGGACAGUGACCGGGAGGCGGGGACCGAGACCGGAGGGGAGGGCAACGACAAGGAAGAGGAGGAGAAGAAGGACGAGACCUCCAGUUCCUCAGAAGCGAAUUCUCGGUGUCAAACACCAAUAAAGAUGAAGCCCAACGCCGAGCCCCCCGAGAACGUGGAGUGGAGUGGCGCUGAGGCCUCCAUGUUCAGGGUCCUCAUCGGCACAUACUACGACAAUUUCUGUGCCAUCGCCAGGUUGAUCGGGACCAAAACAUGUCGACAGGUGUAUGAGUUUCGAGUCAAAGAAUCCAGUGUCAUAGCGCCGGCCCCCGCCGAGGACGUUGACACCCCUCCCAGGAAGAAGAAGAGGAAACACCGGUUGUGGGCUGCACACUGCAGAAAGAUACAGCUGAAGAAGGACGGCUCCUCCAACCAUGUUUACAACUACCAGCCCUGUGACCACCCGCGGCAGCCUUGCGACAGCUCGUGCCCUUGUGUGAUAGCACAGAAUUUUUGUGAAAAGUUUUGUCAAUGUAGUUCAGAGUGUCAGAACCGCUUUCCGGGAUGCCGCUGCAAAGCCCAGUGCAACACCAAGCAGUGCCCGUGCUACCUGGCUGUCCGAGAGUGUGACCCCGACCUCUGUCUUACUUGUGGAGCUGCCGACCACUGGGACAGUAAAAAUGUGUCCUGCAAGAACUGUAGCAUUCAGCGGGGCUCCAAGAAGCAUUUACUGCUGGCACCGUCUGAUGUGGCAGGCUGGGGGAUUUUCAUCAAAGAUCCUGUACAGAAAAAUGAAUUCAUCUCGGAAUACUGUGGAGAGAUUAUUUCUCAAGAUGAAGCAGACAGAAGAGGGAAAGUAUACGAUAAAUACAUGUGCAGCUUUCUCUUCAACUUGAACAAUGAUUUUGUGGUGGAUGCAACCCGCAAGGGUAACAAAAUUCGUUUUGCAAAUCACUCAGUAAAUCCAAACUGCUAUGCGAAAGGUAGGUGUCCCCGGAGGUGGAGCUGCGGCGGGUUGACUGAGCGGUUCCGGGUUGCUAUGGGAACGGUCAGCAACCCUCCUGGGCCGACUUCACUGACCCCGGCGUCUCUCUCUGCAGUGAUGAUGGUUAACGGCGAUCACAGGAUAGGGAUUUUUGCUAAGAGAGCCAUCCAGACGGGUGAAGAGCUGUUUUUUGAUUACAGGUUGGUAGCGGUACAUUUCUGGAGUCAUCAAGGGCUUCUUCUCCCUGGUCCAGCUCCGGGCUGGGGCUUCUGUCGUUGGAGGGACAGAGUUCUGGUCGUUAUUUGUCGUGGGCAGUGGUGGGAGUUUGGUAACGUAGUUUCCAUGAGACAAGGAAUGCUUUAAUAUAAGUCAAAAAAACGUAGAAAGCUCCAUUUUUACCUUUGGGGUCCUUUCUGCGGGAAAAGGCAUGCCAGCCGUCAGGGUGCUGAGCCGAGGCACUCGGCUGGCAGUUUAUACUGUCAGGCUCGGGGGGAUAAACUGACAAGUUCUAUAUCAUUUUUAUUUAAAUGCACUCAGAUGACUGUUUAGUUAUGAACGAAUCCUGUGGCUGAAUGUACAUCCCAUCCAGAAGCUGUUUGAGUGCUGAGUUGUUGUAAAACUAGGGCCCGUAUGUAGCCCCUUUCAACGGCAAACAGCGGCACAGCUGAAGGGCGAGAUCCACCCAGAUCUUUAGUGGGAGGUUACGAAGCCGUAGCCCCCUAGCUCUGAGCAAGGAGCAGCUGGUCGACCUUCCUUUGGGUGAGCUGUGAGGUCCAGCCGGUGGUGGAGUCGCAGGUGCCUCUUCUGGCCUCUGUCCUGUUCUUUCUUCAAGGGGGGGCGGGGGGCGGGGGCGACCAGCUCUGGCUGCUCUUGGGCCCUGUUGACUAAGGGCCCAAGUCAGGGCUCUGCUGCGUCGCAGGUACUUUGCCUUCCCCGUGCUGCGGGCCUGCCUCCGCCGGCGGCUGGUUUCAGGGGCACAGGGCUGGCUGGGGAGAGAACUGGGGAAGCGUUGUACUACCAGUUCCGUCCACUUUGCAACUGGAACAGGCCCAGUGAUGCAGCUGUGUAACGGGAUGCGUGUGUGCUUUUCCUCGUGGACGUGUGAGUGCAACACACUCAACCAAGCAGACUUGGUUGUGUUGGAUCUCACCCCGGGCACUCACCCCUUUUUCCUGCUUGUUUCAGAUACAGCCAGGCUGACGCCCUCAAGUACGUGGGCAUCGAAAGAGAAAUGGAAAUCCCUUGACGUCUGCUACCUCCCCCCUCCUCCUCUUGGAACAGCUGCCUUAGCUUCAGGAACCUCGAGUACUGUGGGCGAUUUAGAAAAAGAAAAUGCAGUUUGAAAUUCUGAAUUUGCUAAGUACUGUAAGAAUAAUUUAUAGUAAUGAGUUUAAAAAAUCAACUUUUUAUUGCCUUCUCACCAGCUGCAAAGUGUUUUGUACCAGUGAAUUUUUGCAAUAAUGCAGUGUGGUACAUUUUUCAACUUUGAAUAAAGAAUACUUGAACUUC